UGUGUGUGUGUGUGUGUGUGUGUGAGUGAAGAGGAGAAGGAGUGGCAACCACACGACAGAAGAGACAGGGGAUGUUUUCUUUGUCUUCUCUCCUGUGGACACACUCAGUCAUGCAUCAGCCCCGCUCCCCUCUUCCCAGGUGGAGGAAGAAUGACGCUGGUUGCAUGACUGUCUCCUCUCAUUAUCAUUCUCCCUCCCAUCCAUCUUCCACGAGCCUACAGCUGGAUAAGCCAACCACUAACCAGCGCCACUCUCUGUUACAGAGCAGGGAUUUGAAGAUUGCAUCCUCACAUUUGUAAUCAGAUAUAGCAGAGGAUUAUCUCAAGGUCUCCUCCAUCUUUUUCACAGCCAGGGGCUGCUGUGACAAAGGAGGCAGAGAAGAGGAGGCUGUGGAGGAGAGCAGAGAGUGGUGUUACAGAUAGAGAGGGUGCAAGAGAUCACCUGUGGAUGUGAGGAGGAGGAUGACGGCUUUCUAAGGAGCCGUACCCAACAUCCGAUACAUCCACAAGGGGAGAGGAAAGCAGGGAAGAUAGAGCCUCAGCAGCAAGUAGAUCACUGUGAAAGGUCGUUCAUGGCAGAGGCCGGGCAUCCUGUGUCAAGGGGCUCUGUUUCUUUGGAGUCUACCCUUGCUGGUCAGUCUCUCUUUGACACCUCAAAGGGCUCUACACAGGCAAAGAGCCCCUCCAGACUGGCUAGUGGCCAGGAGGAGUCAAAGGAGGCUAUCGGUAAAGAACAUUCAGCAUCUCCUCCUGCUAAAGAAAUGAACUGCAGCAGUCUAAGGUGCCGUGGAGAACCUAGUGAACAGGAACAAAGUCCAGCAGAACAUUUUGUGCCCACCAGGGCACCAAGUCGCCCCCAUAGUCCAUCAGAGUUGCAUCAGCACAAGCUAGUCAUGAAUGCAGCCAGUGACACCCCUCAGGCUGACAGUGCAGUUCAGAAUAUAAAGAUAGCCUCUCUGCCUGUUUACAGGAGUCACUCUGACACAUCACCUCUGGUUAAACGGGUAAUGCACCUCUACACUCCAGACAGCGAGACUAGUAGACCUGCUUACCUUGAAGGAGAUAAGAGUAUCCGAGAGGCUGAGAGUCACUCCAGGUUAGCCUGCAAGCAGCCCAUGCAGCUGCAGCAGUGCAACGUUGUCACCACUGUUUGCUGUGGGUCCGGCAGUGGAGAAAGUGGUGGACAGCAGCCUCAGAGCAGGUGUAGUUGUAUGUCAUCUCCAAAGGCAGCAGUCAAAAUGGAGGGUGUUGAACAAAAGGACCAUCUUCACCUUAACUGUGACAAGACACUUUGUUGUGGCUCUUAUGUUCAUCAUGCCAAUUUUGAAGACACAUUUGCUGCCUACUGCCAUUCUCUGCCCAUCCCGGCACCCUCCCUGCUGCUGCCACGCCUGGCAGGCGAACGGCCAAGUUGCAACAUGUUGCGUGCAGUGGCACCUCCUUUGGCGACAAACCACCUCACCCUUCCUCGCCUCAUCUCCUCUGUCAGUGAGACAGGCCUGGAUGCCAAACAUCUGCUUCGAUGCUGCAACCUCAGCUGUUCUUUGAUUAGCUCGCUACCUUCUGGUGCUGAGGCACAAACCCAAAAACCCUUCAGUGGAGAGGAGUGCUGCACCAGUCCUGCUGGCCCUGUCAGACCCAUGACUCAUGACAUGGGAACUAUGACAGCCUACAAAGAGCUGAGGGAUGUUGGGGUGCAGACAAGACAGACUGUCACACCUCAUGUGUUCCCCCAUAUCUGUGUGGCAAAGAAGAGUAGGAGUGAGUUCUCCUGCAGUCACACUCCAAACACUGGCAAUGAUGGAGGCAAUAAACUGGGUGGUGCCUCCAAAUCCCCAGUGAAGGAGGUGAAGUGGGAUGCAGAAGGGAUGACUUGGGAGGUGUAUGGGGCCUCUGUGGACCCUGAGGAGCUGGGUCUGGCCAUUCAAAGACACCUGGAGCUGCAGAUCAAGGAGACAGCAAGCCGUGCGGCCAAGCUGUCACACCACAAGGCCAACACCUCUGGGCAAAGUGGGGGCACCAGCUGCCAAAGAAAGAGAAGCACAAUAAUGGGUGCCAUCCGAACCCCAGCUUGUUGCACUUGCACCACUACAGCUGUUGACUGACUGAGCAGCAGACUGAUGGACAGAACACAACCUGAACACUGUGUACAGUAGCCAGUAUGGCUACUCAUAACUUCAGCCUCAAACGUCACCAAUCUGAGUAGAGGAUCAAUAAAUGUCGCUCUUGUAAAACUUGUAAUGAAUGAGUGGAGUCAAUAAAAUGCAAUAGCAUGAACAAAUGUAAAAUAUCAGUACAGUGACACCUCAACCUAACCCUAGCCCAGCUCAACAUGAAUACUAAACCUUGGCCACUGGCUGGGUCUAACCCCAACUGUCUCAGAAGAUGGUUGCUUCUCCUUCUCCUGGUCUCCCCCCUGGCACUUUUGGUUUUGGGGAUUCUCCUCCUGGGUGAGUGGGACUCCAUGUGGCAUUUGAGGGCUUAUAUCAGUGGACACCUAGCAGGGGGAGCUAGUGAAAUUAUCUUAGCUAAUCUUAAACCUCAUCCUUCGCACCUCAGUCCACCAAACACCUCUAUUAUAAAACAGCUUUAAGAAGUUUAAAAGUAGCAGACAAAUGAACUUAUCUGCUUUUUAACAUAAUGAUGAGAAAUUGAUCAUGUUCUUUGGAUGUGUUCCAUACCUUGGUGCCUCCAAAAAAAAAAAUUAUACAUAUUAUAUGUUGUUAGACCAAUAAACCAAAUGGUCUUUUAUUGAUUGAUUGAAGGACAAGUGUAGGAAGAAUUUAGGCUUUUGAGUAUUCAGUAGAUUCAUCUUCCUUAUGGGUCUCGUUAAUUAUUGUACAAUAAUUUUGUUGUUGUUGUUGUUGUUUGUUUGUUAGCUUUUUUGUUUGUUUGUUUGUUUAAGGUGUCCUGGGUUUUUUCAUGACUAUAAGAACAUACAAGGACAUGAUCAAUCUACAGAGGUCUGUCUUUACCAAAUGUACUGAAAAAGCAGCAAACAUCAGUGUUAAGAGUUUCCUCACUUUUCACCAGUCUUCUGUACGAUGCCUGGAUUCUUAUGGGGAUAGAUCAUAUCAGCACCGUUGUAUCACUUGUUAUAAACAAUAAUAAACAGCCCAUGAACAGAUCCCAUUGAAAUACUACAGCAAAAUAAUGACACAGUGGAGAUAUAGGGAAACCAAAUCUUGGUUACAUUUCAAUGGCAAGCCACAGCUAAGUUUCAUUAUCUACCCCAAAUGAUCCUAUGCUGCCUUCUCUCUGGCUUCUGUAUUUUUGGUUUAUUAUCUAAGGAUGUUAUGGGACUAAGGUAAGAUCAGCACGGCUGGUAUUUAAGUUUGAAUUUAUGUAUGUAUUGUUUUAAUGUGCUCAAGCCAACUUCAAAAUAUUUUAUGCUUAUUGGCUCUUGAAAAAAAUUAAGACGACUGAGCUCUAAUUGUAUUUUCCUGGAAAUUAAAGUGAAUUUGUAUUUUUGUAUUUAACUUUUAAAAGACAUUUGAAAAACUGUUUACAUUGCAAAUGUGGGUAAAUAUAUCAGGCUCAGCUACUGAAAAUAUGAAUUACUUUAGUCAUAUACUGUAGUUUCUUUUUCUGUGGUAUAAUAAAAAAACAAAGAAAUGGUUUUCAGGGAGGGAGAUGUGAUGCAGAGGCUGAUGGAAAAGCUAAUGAUCCCAGAGGAGAAUAAAACAUAAAGAAGUAAAGGAUACGUCAAAUGCAUAGAUGAAAUUAAUUUUUUUUUAUUUGUUUAGCUUGCACACAAAAAAUUCAAUGAAUACAUUAUUUAAUUAGAAAAAAAGUUGUUAAAUAAUAAAAAAUUGACCUUUACUUUUUGGGCCUUUUUAUUUAUGUGUUUAUUUAUUUUAUUUCCUUAAUUCUGCACAGUUCAGUUAUAUUAUAUACCACAAUUAUAUUUAAAAAAACAAUAGAGCCAUAUACGUAUAAAGAAAACAUAACAUUACUAUAGAGCCUUGUGGUACUCCACAGCAGAUGGGUGUAGAGGAAGAGCAGACUUUAUCAAUUUGAACUAAGGCUGAUGUAUCCUGAUGGUAGGAGGUAAACCACUGAAGGCCAGUUCCUGAAUGCCCACAACAUGCUUAAGGUAUGUUGGAAAAGGAUGGUGUGGCUGUGUUAGAGACAGCAGAGCUGACUCUGUACUCGGCUAAAAAUUGAUCAAUACUGUAUUUGUCCUGGAUGCUACAUUUGUCCAAGUAGGAGCUUAGUUGAGAGAAAACAGCUUCCUAAAGAAGUGGCAUCCACCUUUUGUUAGUGCAACAGGCAGAGGGGCAUCUGUGGAACAUGAGCAACGUGUUUUUAUGUGGUACACAGUAGUGUCAUACCAUAACCAGCAGUGGCAUUUGCCAGUAUACCAACAAUGAGUGACAUCUGCCAGAAGUAGCAUGUGUCAGUAAAGCAGCAUACCAUUAGUUUUUAGCUUUUCAGUCUCAGUGCUGUUAUAUUUCUAUGUCCUUUUGGAAUCACUCAAGAAAAACCCUAAGCCUGCUUCAAGAAAGAUCAUCAUGGAUCUAAGCCUAGCUACUUCAUGCUCCACUACUGUGUCUGUCCAACACAUCAGUGUAGGGUCAAACAAACACUGAAACCUCAAGGGGGCACUAGUAGGGCUGUACUGUAGUUAUUCUUGACUGUAUUUACAGAAGUGAAAGUAAUUUAUGCUUUAAUUAAUCACCUCCACUGUGCACUUUACUCUCACAUCCAUGUACCUGAUGUUAUUGUCAUACAGCAUACAGAGUAUCAGCUUAUAAAUUGCUUAAUUAAGUAUCAGAAAUACCACUAAUAGACAUUCUGGUAUGCUGUAAAUGUAGACAGGGGUAUCAUUCAUGCUUUGCAUCAUACUGACAGAGGUGUCCAAACCAUGGAGCAAAGACAAUAGCGAUCCAGAUCAGCUGAUAGUUAAAUACAGGAUAAGACAGCAGAUUGUCAGACAUUCUUACUACUGUUUGACAAUUGAACAUCAGAGACUGUGUGUAUCAUUUUCAAUUCAUGUAAAUGGUUCCAUUAUACUGUAUUUAAAUCCAAAAAUGCAGUUUUUGAAUGAAUUAAGCAUGUAGACAUCAUUUAAUUGAUUUUCAAUGAAAAAAUGUCAUUGUAUCAUUGUAUAUGAUAGUGCAGUAUAGAUAUUAAUAAUUUAUAGAUGUGGAAAGUAUUCCUACCUUUAUUAUUUGUAUUUCAUCUCUGUCUGUUUCAGCUUCUGUGGAGUUAAAUUCAUUGCCAUAAAAUCUAUGAAGUCAUCAACUCUGCUGCUGUGUUAGUUCAGCCUGAGGAUUUAGAAACAAAGACAAAUGUUUGCCUUAAGUUUAAAUGGACAGUGUGAUGUAUUGAGAAAUCUGUUUAUGAUAUGCCAUGAGGAACUUUACUCUGUGUCAACUAGCUGAGUUGAAGAACAUCUUUAAAACUCACUAGGUGGCAUUAAGGGCAAGAAAGGCCUUUGUUUUACUCUUUUGUCUGUAUUCUGCAUUAUUCUUUAUGGCUGGUUCAACACAGCAAGUGAUACUGAAUGUCAACUGAGUGGUUGUAAGUUUAAAGUGUUGUUACCAUGUUGUUUAGUUGUUUAUCCAAGAGGAACGUGCCAAAAUCUUAAUGCCAGCAAUAAAAUUACAGAAAAAGUCUGUGGGGAUUGUGUCUUUGUCAAAUGAGACCUUUAAUUAUUUGAAUAGAACCACAGAAAUGAAAAUGUCCUCCAUGAUACUGAUACAUAUGACGUAAU